AGGCGGGCAACGUCUUGUCGCUAGUGUGCAAGGUCACCAACGACGAGCCCGAGCCGCUUCCGGAGGACACCGACGCGGACAUCGUCAAGCUAGUCGCGGCGCUCCUGAGCAAGAGCCCCGAGGGGCGCCCCUCCGCGUCGGCGGCGCUGCGGUCUCCCUGCCUGCAGCAGACGGCGGACCUGCUCCUGAUCUACCGCAGCGGCCUGGAGGGCAAGUUUGACCGCAUCGAGCUGGAGGACGCUCGAGCGCAGGACCAGAAGGCAGGCAUCGUCGUUUCCAAGGACGCAGCGACCGAUUCGGAGUCGGAGGCGGACACAAGCCUGUCGACGCCCGUGGCCAUGGCUGGGGGCGUUAACCUAGUGGCCCGGGCUGGGCUGGGCGCGGGAGGCGGCUGCGCGGCCGCCGCGCUUUCGGCCGCCCUCUCGUGUCGGGGGA